AUGUUUGCUGCGGUCACCGCCGGACCGCAGCUGCCGCCGGCAAUCUGCGGACUGCACUGCAGCUUGCAGCUGUGGUGGCAAGGGUAUCAGCUUUCACAAUGUCCGAUUAAUCAAGGGUCCGAAAGCGUGCGGGUUCUUACGGCAUCGGUCAUCGACGUUACACAUGCAGCAUUCCUGCUCGAGAUGCUUCCAGGGCAUCCGUUGUGGGGCUCGUUCAUAAGGAUAGGCGACAAAGGCUCCAAUAGAACCCGGGGUCUUGAACCCCGUAAAGUAGGACAUGCGUCGUGGCCGAUGCAGUAUCUAGCAGCGCCCCUGGUGCCCAAAGGUCCGCUGCUGAAUGAAUGCCUUAUGCCGUUAUCCUGCUUGACAUUUGACACUCCUCCAUUGGGCAACCCGAUACGUCUGCGGCGUGCACAUUCGAUCGACCACCGAAUUCCUGGUGAAGGGCCAGCGAACCUGACAGCCCGCCUUGAACCUGAUGGUAUCCGCUAUGCUGGUUUGACGGCGUCUGGUCCCUCCAUGGGCGUGCGGCGUUCAUGGGCGCGUGUUGGUCUUGCCCUAAUUCGAGGCAAGGAAGCCUCGGGUAACCCCGACAUAUCGACGAUCAUGUUCGGACCGAAUCGCGUGUGCACUCCCAGCAGACGGAUGCCCUUCGUCCCACGUACGAGUGCGACUAGUCGUACAAGAGCCCGACUGUCUUGCUGCACGAUGCGCUUCGUGAAAGCGUAUCAUGUUUCUCUGCCUCCGCACCCAGCAAUUACGUUUCCUUCCAGCACUUUCGGGGCCUUCGUGGUGUCAAAGGCUACGGUUCGAUGGACGGCACGGCGGCCACCAAUCCCGUCCGAUCUGUGGAGCGCUGGCUUUCCGGUCGGACGUCAUCGCGAGGUCGUCCAUGUCAAGAGCUUAUGUUUAUUGUACAUGAUAGACAGAUAUAUUUGCUUGUUUCGAGCACGUGCCGGUCGUCUGAGUCCGCUUCUUACGUGGUCAGCCGAAACUCAACUUGAUCGCUGCUCGUUGCAUAGAGGCACAGAAGUCGCGAAGCCGGCACUAGUGGGCCUCGCUGAGCGAGCGGGACCCGCCAAACAAGGUCAAGAGGAACCGUACUCUAUUCAUGAAGAGCCCGCUGGAAGUCCUGGAUCCGACACAUUGAAGGAACGCAAUGCUAGGCCUCGUAUGGAAGGCCAGGCGCGGUGA